AUUUUCUUUUCCAUAUACCCUGUACACUGCAGACAGUGGAUUUGAUGUGAGACUCCACCAGCUGGGCUGCACCCAGCCUGUGUUGGUGGGGUUAUGUAAGCUCUGACAGCUGAGGGCUCUGUGCAGUCUUCCUUCUUCUGGCCAAGACCUUAUUCCAGCCUGUUGGCAGGUGACCCCCAGGGAGGUGGGAAGGAACACCACUCGUCUGGCAAAAUUUUGAGAAGGCUCAAGGCGUUAAAGAAAGCUCAUCUAAAUAAAGGAGGGUUAACGUGACAUUGCAGUUACUUAAUCCUGUAUUGUCCUGCCAUGUGACUGCAGGGAUACCGAGGCGCAGCAUUUCUUUUGCCUGGUGCAGAGAUUAUGCUUUUCCUGUCAUCUUCCAGAAUCAGUCGCUUUGUUGAACGCACCAUGGGAAAGAAACAGAGUGGCAGCAUACUUUUUACAGCAAGGCUACCACACGCAGUGACAUUUCCAAGGUACAGUGACAAGCUCACAGGCUGAAGAAUGAAUCAAAGGCAAUCCCUACAGUCAGCUUUUGGACUUUUACCAGAAUCAAGGAGAACUACGCUCUUAAGGUCAGCUAUUCAAAAUUAGCUGGAAGUAUCUGGAUUUAUUUGGAGCAGUUAAUCAGCUUUCUGUUUGACCUUUAUCUAUCAAGUUAGCUCUCAAAGGAUCAAGCUAAAAUCUGAAUAUUCGUGUCAAAUAUUUUGCAUGUGUCAAAUGUACUGCAUAGACAGCAAGCACCUUGCCACUUUCUUGCACAAACUUUGCAGUUUUAACUGCAAAGCCUCUUUUACCUUUUACCUAGCUGAAGAUCCGGACACACUAAUCUGUUAGUGAGGAAUGGAUGUUUUAUCUCUGAUUUUGGACAGGACGUGCAAUAUGUAGAUGUGCCAGAUUUGUUUUCGAAUGAAUUUUCAAACUGGUCUUUGGACUUUCUGUAAGCUGCUUUUUUUUUUUUUCUUUUGCUCCAUUUGUCACAGUGUCCAUAAUGUGCAGGAUUGCAUAUUCAUACAGAAUUACUUCAUUUAAACUUCUCAGGACACCGUGUUAAAAGGGGAAGUGAUUACCCUAUAGACUAUGACAACAGGAUAUGUGAAUGAAGGAAGUCUUGGAAAAUACCGCUGUUCCAGGUGGCAUCACGAGGACAGCAGGGAAGAUGAUGGGCACCCAGAGUGCCAUGAAGGAGAUGAAGAGGGCAAACAGCACAGGCUGACCCCAUUUGAGAAACUAAUGCAGGAUAUGUCUCAUAAUGAAAAAGUGGUGAAGGAAUUAACGCUGGGAAAGAGAAUUGCCUUCUAUCGAGUCAGAGGAGAAAUAGGAAGUGGGAAUUUCUCACAAGUGAAGCUUGGAAUUCAUUCUCUAACCAAAGAGAAAGUUGCAAUUAAGAUUUUGGACAAGACAAAGCUAGACCGGAAGACUCAACGUUUGCUGUCUCGUGAGAUUUCCAGCAUGGAAAAGCUGCACCACCCAAAUAUCAUCAGGCUGUAUGAAGUUGUGGAGACACUCUCAAAACUGCACCUGGUGAUGGAGUAUGCAGGAGGUGGGGAGCUCUUCACUAAAAUCAGUACAGAAGGAAAACUGCUAGAAACAGAGUGUAAAAUAAUCUUCUCCCAGAUUGUGUCUGCUGUGAAGCACAUGCAUGACAAUAAUAUAAUUCACCGGGACUUGAAAGCAGAAAAUGUCUUCUACGCCAGUAACACCUGUGUUAAGGUGGGAGACUUUGGAUUCAGCACAAUAAGUAAAAGAGAUGAAACUUUAAAAACUUUCUGUGGCUCUCCUCCUUAUGCUGCUCCUGAACUCUUCCGAGAUGAAAACUAUAUUGGCAUCUAUGUAGACAUCUGGGCACUGGGAAUCCUCUUAUACUUCAUGAUGACAGGCAGCAUGCCAUUCCGGGCAGAUACAGUAGGCAAACUGAAAAAGUGCAUUCUUGAAGGGACAUACACUUUGCCUCCCUGCCUCUCAGAAAAUUGCCAGAAAUUGAUAAAAGGAGUCCUUCAGCCAGUACCAACCAAGAGAUACUCUGUCAAACUGAUUAUGAACAGUGAAUGGAUGCAAGGAAUACAGUUCCCCAAACCUUUACAGACAUUUAAACUGGAUCCAAAGUAUUUAUCAGACAUCAGUACACUAAAAGAAGAAGAAAUUGAAGUGAAAAAUAUUCUGGAGGAUCUGGGAAUCACAGAACAGCACAUUCAGAACAACCGGGGAAGAGAUGCACGCAGCUCCAUAACGGGGGUCUACAGAAUCGUGUUGCACAGAGUACAGAAGAAAAGAGCACUUGAAUCUGUUCCUAUCAUGUCCCAGCCAGAUCCAAAAGAAGACAACUCAAGGAAUGGAAUCACUUCUUACAGUGGCAUUAAGCACACAUCCAAGCUGUGUUCUAUUUUAUAAAAUUGCACUGCAGGCUUUAUGCUCAGCAAAUUUGACAAAGGGGAUUAUUCACUUAUCCUUAAGCUGUAGUGUUACUUUUUUUGUAAUUUUUGAAUAAACCAAAAAUGCUUAAUUUUCUUUGCAUUUCUCAAUUAACAGUGAAGCAACUCAAAACCAGCAUUUGUGCAUUUGUUUGACCCUUUCUCCAUACACUUGGUAUAGCCAGUGCAAGAACCCAGUAACUGCAAAGAUCAUGUUUGGAGGGGAUCUUUUAAUAAACACCAUGCUACGGCACUUAACCCGUUUGGGAGAUUGUAACAGCUAACUUCUGAAAAGCUGUACCUAAGCUCAACACAACUUCACCAAUGCAAACUGGGACAGUUUUUGCAGAGAACUAAAUUUAAGCAGAGACCAGGCUAUAAUCUAAACAAUUGCAAAUUCUUCUUUUGAACUUCCUCAUCAAAUUUAACAAGUUAAUUUUUAAAAAGCAUUUUAUUUUCUUUCAAGAAACAUCAAAGUAGUUGUUGGCUGCAGUUCCCAACUUGUCACAAAUCAGGAUUCGGUACUUUAACCCUGUAUGUGUGGGUGCCUGGCUAAUUGGGCUACCAUCAAUUACCCUUCUGACACCUUUCACUGCUUGCAUGAUUCUGCCACCCUGGAACUGCUUGGACUCCAGUUGCGUUCCAAUAAAGAUAGAUUUAAGCAUACUCCAAAACCCAUGUAGUUUUAAGUUCUUGCCUUAGCCCUAGUUACCAGUAGCUGAAUGCAAGCAGCAGCAAAAUCUGCUUAUAUUCGCUGAGCAUUACAGGCUUGUCCUCACUCCUGCCAUCCUGCUUUGGCAGCCAAAGCUUGCACAAAGCUGAUUGUGACACUUGAUCACUGCAAAAGCUGGACAGUCUGACAACUCCAGUUGUUCUGAGCAUCACCAAAGUGCAGAUGCUCUGAUUUUCAGCUUUAUUCUAUGCUUAGAUCUUCAAAAGCAUCAACUCCAGUGCAAAGGACAAGCGUGGCAGAUGUCCUCUGAACAGGGACAGCUGACAUGCCUAAGCCGAGAGGCAGAACCUGAGUUUAGCUAAGGAAAGACACCCAACACAAGGUGUACACAGGUACAGCUGGUGCUCUCACAUUUAAAGGCAGGACACCUGAUCUAUUAUGACACCGAUGAGACAAUAAUUUCCCUUUAGAGGGAAUAAUUCAUAUAAAUGAGCAGUGGAAUGACCCUGAAAGGCCUUGCAUGGGAAACUGGACUCAGUGAGACUCAGGUAUGUACAAAGCAAGAACCAAGCCUCCUUCACAGAAUUUCUGAGGGUAAAUAAAACAAUACCAAUUUUUAUAAAACAGUAAUUAAUUCCAUUUCAUAAAGUGGGUAUUCCUCUACUACAAACAGUUUCCAUAUAAAAGCAUUUUAAAUUAUCUUGAGACAUGGCCCUGAUAAAAUUGUUUUACACCAGCUGAAGCAAUUAUUUAUUCCACUUCUGUAAUGGAAUUACUAAGAAGAAAGAUGCAGAAUGUCCACACAGCUUGUGACCCCACAACUUUAGGUUUUUACCAGAGCCAGCUUCCUCUUUCCUGUUAAAGAAAUCCAUUCUAAAAAAAACAACAAGUCAGCACUACUCCCAGCAGGUUUCAAAUAACUCAAACUUUAUUUUAAUAAAGGAUCAGCCUCACAGACCUGAGAGGCCUGUGCCAGUAGCUCACCUCUUGGCUUGUCCACUGCCAGCAAUGGACUUUGUUCCAUGACAGUUUGUUUUACAGGUGCCAAGGUUAAGUUUCAUGAGGGCAACCUAAACCCAAAUACUUGCAAACACUAUCAUCAUGCAUUGCUCCAUCAUUUUCAGCAGAACAAACAGAUUAGUAUUCAUCAAUUUAUAAUAAACAACUAUUUUACCAAGGCUUGACUGUACAAAUACAGCAAGUUAUCAAAUCCUAGUGAGUGACAGGAUACAAACACUUCGUUAUACACACACAAAAAAAUGUAAUUAACAGAAAUAAUUUUUUGCUACUUUAUAUUAGAUAAUGUAGCUUUGUAGAAUUAGCAAAGAAAUAAAUUCAAUGAAACUUCAUUCUGUACAUAGCUCAACUUAAAUAUAUAUAUACAUAUAUAUGUAUGUAUAUAUAUAUAUAUAUUACAAGCUUUAAAGGCUCAUAUCAUAGUUCAUUUCCAAUCUGGGCUUUAAAAAUCUACCAGAAUGGACUCCCCAUAACCACUGUAAAUCUAUCUACUGCUUGCAAAAUGGAUAGCUUUAGCUUGUACGCUGGGGGAGGGGGGAAAGAAAUAAAAGACUCCACUCCUACAGUAUUACCAAUAGUGAGAAGGACUUCAAAGUACAAAGCCAGAUUCAAAGCUAGAAAGAGUCUUUUGCAAAUGUAUUAUAUAAAAGACAACUAAUAGGCUAGAGUUCCAGACAAAGUGAUAAACAUCACUCUCUUCCUUAGUUAGCCAAUUAAAACAGCUCCACAAUAGCUCUAAAUUUUAUUUGAAAAUGUUGCUCUCUUGAAUAGUCUACUAAACCAUCUAUUAUGGUGUCAAAUCAAUGAUCCCCUUUCUUUAGAAUAAAAAAUUCACUACCUCCCUUCUUCUUCAUCUUUCCUCCCAGUCUCCUGUGACUUAAAAUGAAGGUAUAAAUCACAUAAGAUGUUAGAAGAAAUUACACAUAGUAACUAACACAGUGAAUCACAGAGUUUCUUCUAAGAAAACCACUUGUGUCAGCCUAGCCGUUCUUGAUCCAGUCACUUUGACAGGGAAGAGAGGCUCUAUUCCAGCAAUGGAUGUUCUUGGUUCUAAUGCCUGUCCCAAAGCAAUGGGGUGAUGGGAGGCAGACUAGGAGAUGAAAGGGAAGGUGAUAAAGUGAAAGAGAAUUGCAGUAUUCAGAAGGUUGACUGCUUAUUGUCAA